AUGCAGAGCGCGCGGAUCUCCUCCCCUGCUGCGGACUGGAUCACAGACAACCUGGGGGAUGGCUACGUGGUGAGGGAGAAGUUUCUUGGAGGCAGCGGCUGGUCCAGCACCUACAUCUACACCACAGAGGCCGGCGCAGAGUACUUUGUCAAGACCUCUGGCGGCGCCAAGGCUGAGGGCAUGUUCAAGGGGGAGGCGCUGGGGCUCAAGGCUAUGUUUGACACCAACACUGUGCGCAUCCCUGACGUGCACCACGUGGGCCUCCUGCCCGAUGCCCGCGGCGCAUUCAUCGUGAUGGAGUACCUGCGGCUGGAGGGAGGGGGGAGCCAGGCUGAGCUGGGGCGGCAGAUGGCGCUGAUGCACCUGGCAGAGCCAACGGACCCAAAUGCCAAGGCCGGGAAGUUUGGUUUUGCAGUGGACAACACCAUCGGCGCCACUCCCCAGCCCAACGAGUGGAUGGAUGACUGGGUUGAGUUCUACCGGGAGAGGCGGCUGCGCCACCAGCUCGACCUCCUGGGCGAUGCGCGAAUGAAGGCCCUGGCCCAGCCUGUGCUAGACAAUCUGGGCUUUUGGUUUACUGACAUCGCGGGGUCGAUACGGCCCUCCAUCCUGCACGGGGACCUGUGGAGUGGCAACGUCUCCAGCUCUGGUGGCCGGCCAGUGAUCUUUGACCCGGCCACAUACUAUGGCCAUGCAGAGGCGGAGUGGGGCAUGAGUUGGUGCGCCGGCUUCUCCGGGGCGUUCUGGCAGGGCUACUUUGAGGUGGCGCCCAAGGCCCCGCUGUUUGACCAGCGGAGGGACCUGUACACGCUGUACCACAUCCUCAACCACGCAAACCUGUUUGGCGGUGGCUACAACUCUCAGGCCCAGACCAUCCUGCAGCGGCUCAACGAACAGCUCAAACGCAGCCAGUGA